AUGGAUGAUUAUCCGAAACAUUGGAUGGGAAAAAUAAGAAAAGAUUGUUGUUUACGUUACAGUUCACUCAUAUUUUUAAUUAUUAUAAAUAUUCUAUCAAUAACUGCUCUUAUUAUUGGUUUCCUUUUUCGUGGGCAAUGUUCAAUUGAACAAAAUAUUUCUAUAUAUCUUGUUGUCGCAGGUUUUAUUUUUACAAUAUAUUAUACAUUUUUGUUAGUUUUGAUGUUAAUGAUGAUGUUAACCGACAAGGAAGACGUUGAUUCAUUACCAAAAAGAAAACGUUGUGCUCUUGCAAUUAGUAUUUCUAUUAUCUGUUUAUUUAUGACUGCUUGGCUUAUUGUAGGUUGUAUAUGGAUUUUUCCAAUAAAAUUAACUGUUCAAUCAAUUGAUUCAAGUUUUCCAACAUAUUGUCAAUCAACACUAUAA